CACCAUUACACAGGUUAGUCAGCGUUAGCUUUAACACAGAUUGGCUCUCAAAUAAUAUUGUGAAAAGUCAAUAUCAAGACCUUGAAAAAUCGCACUUAGUAGCGUAGGGAAAUUUUAUUCUUCACUGGGAUAAUAUUUAACUAGGGGAUCUGUCAAAAUGGCGAUGAAGGGGAGGGACGUUCUUGCCAGGGAUUUGUCAAAACCUAGCUUUAACGCCGAUGCAUAUGUGAGUGGUCUAUCCCAGGGAGGCGAAGAUGAUCUCCUGGAGACUAAGCAAACCAUGCAGCUUCUGGCUGAGGACACUGCCCAGUCACUCAAGAAGAAUGUCUACAAAAAUUAUACGCAGUUUAUUGAGACGGCAAAAGAAAUCUCAAUUUUGGAAGGAGAAAUGUACCAGUUGAGUCAUAUGCUGACAGACCAAAAGAGUAGAAUGACUGCCAUGAUGGAAAUGUCUCUCACCAGUGAUAAAGCUGUUGUGGAAACCCCAAAGGAAGAAAAAGAAUCAAUUAAUUUAGAAGAGGAAACCCGCCGAAACUUGGCAUUUUUGUUAGAGAAAGUAGAGGGUUGCUCUACGAUAGCAGAUGUGCCUGGUCGACAGCUGAUUCAUAAUGGAGACUUGAUAGAAGUGGACCCAGAACACUACACACAGGGUCGUCGAGUCCAUGCCUUCCUGCUGAAUGACAGUUUGAUGAUCGCAAACUGGCUGGACAUCAAACAUGGCCCCGUGCGGUACAGGUUUGAAGGUCUGUAUGAGCUGGAUAGCCUUGCUGUGGUGAAUGUACGGGAUGUGGGACCUCUGAAGAAUGCUUUCAAAAUCCUCAUGUUUCCUCACCACAGGAUGUUUCAGGCUGACAGCUCCAAGUCUAGGAGACAGUGGCUGGACAUCUUGGAGGAUACAAAGAAGAGGAAAGUGGCCAGGGAUAAGCAGAGAAGGGAUACGUUGUCACGGUUACCAGAACACCAGGAAUUACCUAAGACACCGGCGUCACCAGAAAGGGCAAAUCCGUUUGAUCCUGCAGACGAAACUGAUGCCAUGAUUGCCAUGGAAACAGAUAUGCUGAAUGUUGAUUGGCUGCAGGAACUGCCAGAAGACCUGGACAUGUGUAUAGCUCAGCGGGACUUUGAAGGAUCUGUUGACUUGGUGGAGAGAGUAAGUAAUUACCUGAAGGAUUGUCCCCGAACUCCAGCAGUGAAGGAAUUUCAAGCUAGGAUAGACCACAGGGUGAAGCAGCUUACAGAGGGGCUGAGGAGUGAGUUACAGGUGUCACCUGAGAGGUCACUAAGGGGCGGUCCCCGGGCUGCCCGCAGAGCCGUUCUGCAGCUCAUACGACUGGGCAAAUCUGCACAGGCCUGCGAGUUGUUUCUUAAAAACAGAAGUGCAAUCAUAAAGUACAACAUUAGACAGUUGAAGUUUGAAGGGGCCACAACUCUGUACAUCAAGAGGCUAUGUGCUGGAUUUUUCAUGAGCCUUGAGGAAACGGGCAGAGAGUUCAGAAAAGCAUUUCCAGAACACUACGGUUGUUACUCAGCUUUUGUACUCUGGUCAAGUGAAGAGCUGAAGACUUUUGUCGGCAUAUUUUCACGCCAAGUGUUUGGAGGGAAAUCUAAUGUGUCCACCAUUGCAGAGUGCGUCCAGUUGGCAAGAAAACAGUGUGACAAGCUGUCAAAUGCUGGACUGGAGCUGUGCUUUAUGCUGAACUAUCUCAUAGCCCCUGAUGUGGUUAGAGUUAUAGAAGAAAGCAGAGACCAAUUGUUAGAGGCUCUGAAGUACAGGGCUAAUGAUGACUUGUGGCGACCAAUGAAUCAUGUGAACAAAGUAAUGCUGAAGAAGUUUGUGGAGGAGAUGAAGGCAGCAGGCGUGACCACAAUUGAUGAACUGGUCUACGAUGAAUGCUGGGUAGGCAUAACCAUGAAUGUGGCUCUGUUCGCCAAAUCCUCGCUGUCCUUCGUCGAGGAUAUGAUGAAAUUCAUGACACCAGAGCUGAAGGAACUCAUCAUAGAAGCCAUUGUGAAACUGUAUAAGGCUCAGCUGACACAUUUCAACAAUUCAUUGAAAUCAGACAAAUUUCUGAAAGACCAUGCAUUCAUUGUGAAGAAUGCAGAGUUUGUACAGCAAGCCAUUCUCAGCAAGGCUGUGAACACUCUAAAACAAGAUGAGGCUACGAUCCCAAAGCAGUUGCUUCUUCUCCAAGAAGAUUACGCCAGAUUGAAAAGGAUUGCAAAGGUUUCAUGACCCUAGCUUCAAGAAAACUGUGCAGACUUUGUCAAUUUUGCAAUGCACCUGAAGAAAUGACAAGUGCAAUAUCAUUCAUGUAUAUCAUGUUAGCGUUCGAGACUGCGGACAUCCAGGCAUUUGUCAUUUUUUUGGCGCCAACGUAGAUACAUGUACUCGCUCUCACAUGGCCUUAACCUUGUCUAAAUAACAUGGAAGUUAAUACAAAACUGCUUCACGGUCCCAUAAGUCCAAAGCCAAGUUGUGUUGCAGGCUAUAAUUUCUGGUUAGUAGUUCAUGAUUCUCAGAAUUUUGUCCAAUGUGGUUCAUUUCCCUAUACUUUCCCAGGGGCCUCCGUGGCUCUCACCAAUGCGGUCACUGUGAGUUCACUGUGAGCUCAUGCUGGCCUCCUCUCCGGUCGUACGUGGGAAGGUCUUCCAGCAACCUGCGGAUGGUCAUGGGUUUCCCCAGGGCUCUGCCUGGUUUCCACCCACUGUAAGGGUGGCCACCGUGGUAUAAGUGAAGUAUUCUUGUGUACGGUGUAAAACACCAAUCAAAUGAAUGAAUAAAUAAAUAUACCUUCUGAUUUCCCUACACCUUCCCAUUUCCCUAUUCCUUCCCAAGUUAUCUUUCACCUCGACGUCUGCUUGCAGCUGACUUGUAUGAGCGAAGUGCCCGAAUAUCUGAGGUCUCAAAUUAGCUGGGAAAUGUGUUAGAAGAUUGAACAAAGGAUAGGAAAUAUUGAAGGAUCUUCAUAAAUGAUUCAGUUUAAUCCAACCGAUUUCUAACUAAGCUUUCUUCAAAUAGUGCUUACAUAUUUCUGUGAAAGGGGCCAUCAGAUGUGAUUAUGGUAAUUAACAUUUCUCAUACAGAUGUCACUUAAACUUGUAGUAUGUCUCUGCCCCGUCUCUGAAGAUGCUGUCUAUAAAUGAAUGAUUAUUUAUUCAUACCAUACCAUGAAUGUUCGCAUGUUCUGAAUGUUUUUACACCAAUUACAUAAGGUACUUUACACUGUAUACCAUUCUUAGUGACGAAUUUAUUACACUGUUGUUGUCAGUACAGUACUGUACAUCACAGAGCUAACAUUUAUGUGUGUAUGCAAAUAAAAUACCUGUUUUUAUUCAAACCAUAAGGUUUUUUGGA